AAGCUAUGUGAAAAGAAAUGGAUAUACAGAAGAACACUUUCAUUUGUUGUUAUGUCAAGUGAAGAUGUAACAUGAGCAACAUAAGGAUGUUUACUGAUGCGGGGGCCACCAGGCACAGAGUGCUGGAAUUUUGCUUAAAGGAAGCAAGCCAGAUGGGAAGAGAAAAGAAAUCCCAACCUGUCAAGUGUCACAUCGCUACAGAAGAAUGACAUGUUUUGAGUGAAUCUGCAGAAACAUCCCACUAGUGACUGUCCACCAGCAUUGCCUGCAGGGUCCCAAGGAACCCCAUAGGGACAGCAAGCAACUUUCAGCUACAAAUCUUCAAAUCUGAAGUGCUACUACCAACCUGUCUUCUCAGGCAUCUGCUUUUUGCAGUUCUGUUUUACUUUGGGAGGGAUGGAGGAGAAGAUGGAACCCUUCAAUCUCCCGUGUUCUCUUCUGCAAAAAAGGUCAAUCCAGGCUUCCAUAUGAUCCUUGCUCCUGUCUUCUGGAGAGACAAUGGAGAGAAGCAGUCCAAAUGGAGCUUCAGUUUUCUCGGUGCCUUUGGCUGAGGAGGUCAGCCGAAGUGUGAAGUCCUCCCUGAAGCCUUGGAUCAGCCCCCACACGAUAGAAAACAGGUUCCUCCCCCUUAAGACCUUUACCUCAAGAGCCUUCUGAUGCCUCAGGUAGGUAGCAUGCAGACCAGACUGUUUGUAGAUCUCACUGAAUUCACAGGAGGAGGAGAUUUCAGUGGGCUGAAGUCAAGAGGAGCCAUUCUUGUGAUGCCAAUGGAGCCCAAAGUUCCUCUGCAGGGCUCCCCUAAAUGAGACACAAGGAUCUGGGUGAGAAAGACUGGGGAAGACAUUUGUUUUGCCCAGCUGGAGGAAGAAUUAUUCUCCAAGGACUACUUUCUUGUCACCUCCCAUAUGAAGACAUUAAUGAUCAAACCUUGCAGAGGCCGAAUCAAAUUAAACAGGCCCUAGAGUGGAUUGUUCUUUCUCGAACAAGCAUCGGCCUCCUCAGGAAUGUGACCUGUGGAAAUCGGUCAGACUUUUCAUUUGCUAUUCCUGCUCCAUAUCAACCUUGCAAUCUCCUAUCUAAGGUUACCUGUGCAAAUUUAACAAACGGAGGAAAAACAGAACUUCUAAAAUCAGGAAGCUCCAAAUCCACACUAAAGCACAUAUGGACAGAAAGUAACAAAGACUUGUCCAUCAGCCGACUGCUGUCACAGACUUUUCGUGGAAAGGAAAAUGAUACAGAUUUGGACCUGCGAUAUGAUGCCCCAGAAACUUAUUCUGAACAAGAUCUCUGGGACUGGCUGAGGAACUCCACAGACCUGCAAGAGCCUCGGCCCAGAGCAAAGAGACGGCCCAUUGUCAAGACUGGGAAAUUUAAGAAAAUGUUUGGCUGGGGCGAUUUUCAUUCCAACAUCAAGACUGUGAAGCUAAAUCUGUUAAUAACGGGGAAAAUUGUUGACCAUGGCAAUGGGACGUUUAGCGUUUACUUCAGGCAUAACUCCACUGGUCAAGGGAAUGUAUCUGUGAGCCUAGUGCCCCCUACAAAAAUAGUGGAAUUUGACUUGGCACAACAGACAGUGAUUGAUGCCAAAGAUUCCAAGUCCUUUAACUGUCGAAUUGAGUACGAAAAGGUUGACAAGGCUACCAAGAACACACUCUGCAACUAUGACCCUUCAAAAACCUGUUAUCAGGAGCAGACCCAGAGCCAUGUGUCAUGGCUCUGCUCCAAGCCCUUUAAAGUAAUCUGUAUUUACAUUUCCUUUUAUAGUACAGAUUAUAAACUAGUACAGAAGGUGUGUCCUGAUUACAACUACCACAGUGACACACCCUACUUCCCUUCAGGGUGAGGAUGAACACGUGUCUGAGACUGAAGCCUGAGGAAUAAAAGAGGUCAUAUGACAGGGCUGUAACCUCAAGGAGGAAGGCCACAUCUAUUGCCUGGAAUGUGUCUACCUGCUGCUGAUGAUGUCAAAUGGCUGCAAAUAUGUUAGUGGAAAACAAUCUAAUGUAAUUUUUACCCAGUCAGCUCCAUGUAUCAAUCUAGUUGUAAAUUACUAUGGAUUUAAAAUAAAACCAUACACGUACACAGAGACACACACUCUUUUCAGCUCACAUCUAUUGAGAUUCCUGUUAAGGGAGAUUUCAUUGUCUGAUAUCUAAGGUUUCAAGAUAACCUAUCAUCAAGCAAAAUGGAUUAACUAGACAGAGAAUGGUUUCUAACACAGACUGUUAUGGAAAGCUCUUUGAAAGUCCUUUGAAUACAUGCCAAUCAAUAAUCCCCACUCACGCAUUCUACUGCUCGGGGUAGCUGUACUGGUAAAUAAUACUGUAGGAGUAAAUACUUGUUAAAAUGGGAGAAAUGUGUGUCUAGCGUUCAGUAUUCCUUAUUAUAUGAACACAACAAAACAUCGUGACUUUUUUCCAGCAUACAGUAGGCACAUUCGAGGUGGCGUUACGUGGCUCUUUUUCCAUGGAACGAGCCUGUUACUAGUAAAGAUGGGCAAACAUUUGGAAUUUACAUGUGGGCAGACAUUCUGGUUUCAUGUUUCUCUGACUCUUUAUGCUCUGAUUCUUUAAACCUGGUUGAGUUUAGGCAAGCUAAGCUGUUUUAAAACCCUUCAACUGAUCUCUAGGAAGGAAGAUGCCUGGAGGAGAACAUGUAAGUUAUAAGUGGCUGUCUUAUCUUUAUUACAAAAUAUUGUAACAAAUUCAAUAUCCUAGUCUUCAUUUGUAUGAAUGGUUUGUAUUGUACAUAAUUUAACCAGUGUUAUUUGAGCUGCUUAUUAAUAUUAACUUGUAAUUGUCUCUCUGCUUGUUAUUGGUUAAAAACAAUCAAGGAAAUGAGGAAUCCAUUUUAUCAAUGUAGCUGUAAACUCCAUUAAAAGACAGAACUAUGUACAAAGCAUUUAUUCAGCUAAAGUAUUGUUGAAAGCUAUACAUAUACAACAUUACAGUCUGUCUGUAUUUAGAUAUUUUAUUUCCAGACAAAAAAAACAAAACAAAACAAAAAAAACCUGUACAUAAAAAUAAAACAUCUUAAAGUUGAGUUUCAA